AUGGCAGGUCAAGACAAGAAAAAGUCCAAGAAGGCCGGCGGAGCCAAAGGCGAAGCCGGCAAAGUGAUCACCGAUCCUCGAUUUGCCAGCAUUCAAUCCGAUCCUCGUUAUCGUCUGCCCAGCAAGCGCCAGACUCAUGUCAAACUUGAUAAGCGAUUCGCGCAUAUGCUUGAUGACAAGGACUUCUCUCGCAAUGCCGCGGUUGAUCGCUAUGGACGCAAAUUGGCUCGGGAUGACACCAAACAGCAAUUGAAAAAAUUCUACCGCUUGGACGAUGAUGACGAGGAUGAAGAAGAAGACGAUGGCAACGUCAGUGUCGACGACGACGACGAGGUUCAAAAAGAAUUGAAGCGGGUCGAUGCCCCUGGCUAUGAUCCUGCCCGUGAUGGUGGCUUCUCUUCCUCGUCUUCUGAAGAUGAGAGCUCUAGCGAUGAUGACGAUGAAGACGAAGUGGAGGCCGAGAACGACGAUGAUGAACUCGAAUUUCCCGAUAAACAGCGUGUCGAUGUACCUCUGGGAGAGGUCACAAAUCGGAUAGCCGUUGUUAACUUGGACUGGGAUAACAUUCGAGCGGAGGACCUGAUGACUGUCUUCUCGAGUUUCUUGCCACCAGGGGGACGAGUGCUAAAGGUUGAUGUUUACCCCAGUGAAUUUGGAAAGGAGCGCAUGGAGAAGGAAGAAGUGGAGGGCCCCCCGAAGGAGAUUUUUGCGAAGAAACAAGAAGUCGCAAGCGAGGAUGAAGAGGAGCUUGAUUCCGAUGAAGAGGAGGAAGAAAUCAAGAAGUCUCUCCUGAAGAGCGACGAGGGCGAGGAGUUCAACACAACACAGCUGAGGCGUUAUCAGCUGGAACGACUACGCUACUACUAUGCUGUUCUCACAUUCUCCUCCAAGGAUAGUGCCAAGCAUGUCUAUGACCUCGUGGAUGGUGCAGAGUACCUAUCCAGCGCCAACUUCUUUGAUCUACGUUUCGUUCCAGAGGGCACUGAUUUCGAUGACGACAAGCCCCGAGAUUCAUGCAGUCGAAUCCCCGAUGGAUACCGACCGAACGAUUUUGUGACAGAUGCCCUGCAGCACAGUAAAGUCAAGUUGACAUGGGAUGCGGACGACAAAUCCCGAAAGGAGGUACAAGCACGCGCAUUUGGUGGUUCCCGAAAGGAAAUCGAGGAAAAUGACUUAAAAGCAUACCUGGGAAGUGACAGCUCCGACAGCGAGGAUGAGGAAGAUGGCGGUGUGGAAGUAGUGGACAACACUUCGGGUGAAGGUGCAAGCGUCAAACUAUCCAAGCGGGAAGCCGAGAGACAGCGCAUGCGUGCUUUGCUGGGUCUGAGCGCGGAGCCUGCCCCCUCUUCCAAGUCGAAGGGUCCUGUCGGCGAGAUGGAAGUCACAUUUACAUCUGGUCUGGCAGGCGGUAAAGGAAAGGACACCAUUUUCGAAAACGAGCCGGAAAUAGAGGAGAGCACAAUUGAUAAAUAUGUGCGGAAGGAGCGCGAGCGCAAGAAGCGCCGAAAGGAGAAGCUCAAGUCUGGAAACCAAGGUGAACCCUCUGACGAAACUAAGGGAGCUACCAGUGAUCAUGAGGAGCCUGCUGCCGAGGCACCACAAGAGGCGGAAGACCUCGGUUUCAAUGAUCCCUUCUUCGAAGAUCCCGAUGGUAAGGCCACUUCUGCUUCCAUUCGCAAAGAGGAGAGGCGCAAGAAGCGUGAGGAGCGUGCUGCUGAAGAGGCUGCUUCUGCUGCUCAGCGGGCUGAGCUUGAACUCCUAAUGGUGGACGAUAAGAAGGCGGCCAUCAAACACUUUGAUAUGACCGAGAUCGAAAAGGCCGAGAAACAAGCUCGGAGGAAGGGCAAGGGCAAGGGCAAGGGCAAAGCCAAGCCAGCAGCCGUUGAAGAUAAUUUCAAUGUUGAUACCCAGGAUCCCCGUUUUUCCCGUCUGUUUGAGAGUCAUGAAUUUGCUAUUGAUCCAACGAACCCCCGGUUCAAGGCUACUACUGGCAUGAAGGCCCUACUCGAUGAGGGCCGCAAGCGCAGGCACGCCCGUGAUGAUGGUGAACCCGAGGCAGUCUCCUCUACCAACGACCGCAAGAAGAAGCAGAAGAAAGAUUCUAAUUCGGAUCUGAAACUCCUGGUGGAAAAGGUCAAACGGCAAUCGAAGGCAUGA